UCUCCUUCACUUCCGCUGGCGCCGCGGCGGCCGCGCAUGCGCAGGGGGAGGCGCGCGCGGAGCGGCCGGGCCGGAGGGAGCGCGGGAGCCCCUCAGGAUGACGCAGUUCCUGCCCCCCAACCUUUUGGCCCUUUUUGCCCCCCGGGACCCCAUCCCUUACCUGCCCCCCCUGGAGAAGCUGCCCCACGAGAAGCACCACAACCAACCCUACAGCGGCAUCGCGCCCUACAUCCGCGAGUUCGAGGACCCCCGCGAUGCCCCCCCGCCGACGCGCGCCGAGACGCGCGAGGAGCGCAUGGAGCGCAAGCGGCGGGAGAAGAUCGAGCGAAGGCAGCAGGAGGUGGAAUCUGAGCUCAAGCUCUGGGACCCCCACAAUGACCCCAACGCUCAAGGAGAUGCCUUCAAAACCCUGUUUGUGGCCAGAGUGAAUUACGACACGACGGAGUCGAAGCUGCGCCGGGAGUUUGAGGUUUACGGCCCCAUCAAGAGGGUGAGUGGGGAGGGGUCACCCCCAAAAAACGCCCCCCUUGACCACCCCGUGCU